UUCACAUAUGAAAGUUCAGUGACACCUCUUUUGACAAUCCAGCAGAAUCUAAUAUACCAUUCGUAGGUAUAUAUAUUCAAGGUAUCUCCAAAACAUGCAUACUUUCUCUUCGAGACCACGUGCCAAGGUAGCUGGAGUACAGUAUACUGACCAUAGUAUACUGUAUAGAAUACUCUGUAUCGAAGUCUACUUUCUAAAAGACGGCUGCUUGGAACAGCGUCCAUUACAGUGACUGCGUGCCUUUCUCUCUUUUCUCGAGGCUUUGUCAUCUAACUUGAGAUCAAGCCAUUUUUUAUUUCAUAAAUUUUAACAAUAAUAAAAUCGUGCAAGAACAAGGUGCAAGACAUAUAUGACAAUUCAAGGAAGAUGAAGUGAUGGCAGAUGUUACAAGGAGAUGGAUGAAAGACACAAAGGCACAUGUCUUUGUGAUAAUUUUGACAUGCGUGAUAUGUUCUGUCUAUGGCUGUUCCGAAUACGAUCGAUUAGACGGUGACGAAUAUAAAGGCAAAUGCAUUGGAAAACUAAAUACGUAUCAUCAUGAAGUUUCCGGUGAAGUUUAUGCCGUCGACGAGAAUACGUUAUUGCUGAUUAAUUUUAAAUACGAUGGUAACGGAGCUGAUACAUUUUUCUUCGCUGGUGCAUCCACGCGAGCUGGUCCACACGGUUUUAUCGUGCCUGACGAAUGGGGCAAAACAAAUGUCCUCGAUAAAUAUUUCAAUAAAAAUCUCACUCUUAAUUUGCCAGAUGGUAAAACGAUAGCAGAUAUAAAAUGGUUUGCGAUAUACGACUUAGGAAGUCAGAAUGUAUUCGGCGAUGUGAUUUUUCCCGAUGAAUUUCGUGCACCAGCACCAGCGACGAUUUCUCAAUUAAAAAAAUACUCGCAUGAAGUAUCUUCAGAGCCAAUUGAAAUUAUAGAUUCGAAAACUAUCAAAAUACCAAACUUUAAAUACAAUGGAGAAGGAAAAGAUACGUAUUUCUGGGUAGGAGAUGGCCCACAACCUUCUACAAGAGGAACAAAAGUUCCCGAUGAAUAUGGCUAUUUAGAUUCACUACACGCUUAUAGGGGUGAAGAUGUGAUCAUUCAAUUACCUGGAGAUAUGACAAUUUUCAAUAUCAAUUGGUUAAGUAUUUUCGACGUGGAAACUGCGUCAAAUUUUGGCUCUGUAAUAAUUCCAAAGGAAUUAAACGUGCCUCCUUCGUUAGUAAAAGUGAUCAAGCACACAAACAGUUUGCCAAAUUGUAUUCAACUUCACAAACGAUUUCAAGUUAGCUGGGAAAUAUUUGGUCCACAGAUCACUAUCCAAUUAGCAGGAGACAUAGGUGAGAAUGAAUAUAUGGCGUUCGGUCUAUCUGGAUCUGAAACAUCUAGCCAAAUGGAAGGUGCGGAUGUUGCAGUUGCUUAUUUAGAUAAUAUUAGAGGCUACGUGGUAGAUUACAACAUCACUGCCAAAGCACCAUGUGGAAAAGUUCUUGGUCAAUACAAGGGAGUUUGUAGAGACGAAUUAUUCGGUGGUUUGGAUAACAAUCAGUUGCAUACUGCAUUUAAAGAAAAUGGAAUUACUGUUAUAAAUUACAGACGUACCCUUAACUCAUCUGAUCCAGGAGACAAAGAAUAUCCAACUGAUCGAUCUGUUUACGUGGUAUGGGCCUUAGGAAGAUUGAAUGAAAAUAGAGAGCCGACAUUCCACGAUUUAUAUCUGAAAAAUGAUUUGAAAUUAGAAUUGGCCCGUAAAGAACCUGAAGAUGCGUGCAUGGAUUUUACGGAAAAUAAUGAGCAAUUAGUGUAAGUAUAAUAUUUGUAAUUUAUAAUUAUAUUAAUUAUUUUAAUAUGAUCGAAUAAUUUCUUAUUCUCUAGAGUACCUUGGGAAAAAGUAAAAAUAUAUGGCAGAAGUAUUCGAACGUUCAAAGCAACGAUCGGUCCAUCCGGAGGCAAAAAGGGUUAUCAAGGAAUUACAGGACAACCAUCCACAGGUUUGGCAUGGUAUAUCGAAGGUCGAUUGGUACCUGAAUUAUAUCUACGUCGUGGAUUGACUUAUAAUUUUCGUGUUUUCGGCGGUAAUAAUCCUCACAGCUCGAAUUUAUAUCACCCGUUGAUUAUAACUGAUGAAUUACACGGUGGAUACGAUAAGCUUAGCGAUGCGGCACAAAGUAAUAUUAGAGUUUUAGCUGGAGUUGAAUUUACAAGAAGAGGACAACCGAGACCAACCGCAGUUGGCCCACUUUGCUUGAGCAAACACAAUGGACGAGAUAGAAGACGAGAUGAUGAUUUUGUAACAUUCAAACAAUUCAAUAGAACAUUAAUAAAUACAUGUGAGCCAGGAGAAGGUGGAAAUUUAGAAAUUACACCGAAUUCCACGUGGCCAGACAUUGUUUAUUAUAAUUCAUUUACCCAUGCGAACAUGGGCUGGAAAAUACACAUAGUGGAUAGUUAUUCAUCAAGUAACGCUGUUGUUCGACAAUUAUCGCUAAUCAUAGGAAUAAUGGCUGUGUUUUUUCACUUUUUAUAAAAAUAGUUAUAAGUUAUUCAGGAUAAUAUAUUCUUUUUAAUAAAAUGACUGAUUUUAUAGAAGAAGAAUGGAUUUUAUUAUGACAUGUUAGAUGGAACGUUAAUUUUUACG